UAUCGUCGUCAUUCAUAAGCAUUGCAUUUUUCUUUUUAUCAAAAAUCUUUGCAUGGUUUUCUCGUGAAUCGUAAUUCGAAGAAUUGCUGUUGCACAAGCAAUGGAAAGUCCAAAGUUCGACAAGGAAGUUGAAGAAAUAACGAAAGCUACGGAAAGUACUCGGUUGGAUUUGGAUAUGCCUGUUCACAAGGAUCCUCUCGUCAACGGUAAGACCUUGAAGGAACGGUUUGAACUGAUUCGCUCCGUCGGAGAAGAGUGCAUCCAGGAAGACGAACUGUGGCAACUUUUAUGUGGAAGAGGCUCGUCGGAAAUCAUUUGUUAUGAUGGUUUUGAACCUUCGGGUAGAAUGCAUAUAGCACAAGGGAUUCAAAAGGCUAUCAAUGUGAACAAACUUACUUCUGCAGGAUGUACCUUCAAGUUUUGGAUAGCUGAUUGGUUUGCGCAGUUGAAUAACAAAUUAGGAGGAGAUCUCAAGAAAAUUCAAACGGUUGGUGAGUAUUUUAUACAAGUUUGGAAAGCCUGUGGAAUGGAUAUGACUCGAGUGGAGUUUCUUUGGGCUUCGGAAGAAAUCAACAGGAAACCCAAUGAAUAUUGGAUGCGAGUGAUGGAUAUUGCAAGAGUUAACAAGUUACCUCGUAUUGUUCGUUGUUCACAAAUCAUGGGUAGAAAUGAUACCGAUGAGUUAUCAGCUGCACAAAUAUUCUAUCCUUGUAUGCAAUGUGCGGAUAUUUUCUUUCUCAAAGCUGAUAUAUGUCAACUUGGAAUGGACCAGCGGAAAGUUAAUAUGCUUGCAAGAGAAUAUUGUGAUGAUAUCAAGCCUAAGAAAAAGUUCAAGCCUAUUAUUUUAUCGCACCAUAUGUUACCAGGUUUGAAACAAGGACAAGAAAAGAUGAGUAAAUCAGAUCCCGACUCUGCAAUAUUUAUGGAAGACUCGGAACAAGAUGUGAAUAGAAAGAUAAAACGAGCGUUUUGUCCUCCAGAACAAGUGCAAGGCAAUCCCUGUCUAGAAUAUGUGCAGUAUUUGAUACUAGAACGGAAUGGAGAGUUUUCAGUUGAUAGGAGUGAAGAGAAUGGAGGUCCCGUCACAUACCGAUCUGUUGUAGAGCUGCAUAAAGAUUAUGAAAAUGGAAGGUUGCAUCCCAAUGAUUUGAAACCGGCACUUGCGAAGAGUAUCAAUGCACUGUUGGAACCAGUGAGAAGUCAUUUUGAACAGGAUAAGGAUGCCAAAGCGUUACUAGAAAAGGUUCGAAAAUACCGAGCUACUCGAUAGAACCCUAAAGAGUCAAUCUUGCAACAUCAUCACUUAUGUGUUCUCUUCUUAGUUUUCUUGCUACAAUACGUGAGAAACAAAUAAUAACCACCGUAGACGAGAAAUACUAGUCCGCCUAUAUAAAGUAGCGUAGCAUACAAUGCCAAUUGGAACUGGUUGUUUACGACCUCAACCCAAUAAGCAAUAAACGAUGGUUUUCCAAUAUUAUCUUCCAAAGGAGUCCAUUGAAUAGCAAUACAACUACAAAUAUAAGCUCCCUGUAACCACAUCCAAGCACAAUGUAUCAAAAAUGCCGAAAAGAAAUGAAUAUUAUGAGGA